CUGCGGGCAUAAAAGCGGUCUUCGAAGCGGGACUCGGGGAAGCGCCGUUCCUCGGUUGUCCUAGCAACGAACCGCUUCGCAAGAUUCAUCGGAACCUCCUCCGCCCCCGCCCCCCACCCCACCGCGCUCUCCCUGGGGCUUGUAGUUGCUUCUUAGUCACCGGGGCUGUUGCGUGCGCUGCGAAAGGACGCCGUUGGAACUACAGAGACCGACAGCCCACGAAGAAAGCCUAGCCGGGAAGGGGGGGGGAAGGGGAGGUUAUACUUCCCACGCGUCCCAAUGGAGGGAGUCUCAGAAGCGGUCGGUAUAGCCGGAAGAGUUGCGGCGUGCAGCCCGGGCCCCGGUUGGAGCGGGUCUCCGGAUUCACUGGAUCCCGUGAGGGAAGCCACGGGAGAAUCGGACUUGGCGCAGUCCCUGGAGCGGUAUCACCGAGGCUUACGCGAUCGUGCUAGUAAAAGCCUUGAUCAAUUGAAAUAUGUCUUCCAUGAAAAAGAUCUGGCCAUAGGCGAAAGUGCAGCUACGUUGGAUCGGUUAUUUCCUAAUUCGGGCCAAGAAGUGACUGAAGAUAACGCUUGGCAGGAGCUACAGUACAGCCAUGCAGUUAAUCAGCUUAAAGCAUUAUUACGUCAACAAGAAGAAAAGGGGAGUGAAAUAUCACCUUCAAAGAAGAGAGGAAUGUCACCCACAAGAACAUCCAAAGCUACUGAUCACAGUUUGCCUGCCCUUUCUGAACUUGUUCCCAUCAUUAAUGAUCAGUCUCAAUAUAUUAAUCAUUUAGAAGCUGAAGUCAAGUUUUGCAAGGAAGAAAUAUCUGAAUUGAAAGCACGUAUACAAGUUGUUGUAGUUGAAAAUGAGAAGCUACAAAAUGAUCUGAAAAUGGAAACAGAGCGGAUCUUGAGAGAGCAAACUGUCAUCAAUGCCUCAACCCUUCUCUCAAAAUCUGGUGGUAUAAAUGGUGAUCAUUCUCAUAUUUGUGGAGCUCCUAAAGCAUCUUAUCAUGUCAUUGAGCAAGCCAAGGCACCUCCACUGGAAUUGGAAAAGUGGCAACAGGAAUUGGAGAAACUAAAAUAUCUUCAUGAAGAAAAGACUGAAGUGUUUGAAGCUCAGAUACAGUCUUUACGAAAAGCGUUAUCAGAGUCACAAAAAAACUGUGAAGAGCUGAGCGGAAGAUUAAAACAUCAGCAUUUGAUCAAUGCAGCGAAUAAUUCUAAUAGGCCUGGUGGUCUCUGCUUAAAUUGUGCACAGCAUGAAGCGGUUCUUUCUCAGACUCAUUCAAAUGUCCAUAUGCAAACCAUUGAAAGACUAACCAAAGAGAGAGAUGAGUUAAUGGCAGCACUUUCUACAAUAAGAAUAAAUUUAAAUGAAAUGCAACAGAGGGAGUGCAGCGCUUAUGAACAAGUGAAACAAGCAGUACACAUGAGUGAAGAAGCUAAUUUGGAAAAAACAAAGGCUUUAAUUCAAUGUGAACAGCUUAAAAAUGAAAUGGAGAGACAGAAAGAUCGCCUUGAAAAAGAAUUAGUGCUUCAGCUAGAUAAGAGAGCUGGAGAGCGAGAAGCAGUUCGUGAAGAAAUGAAGAAAGAAAAAGAAAACCUGUCAUCACUGGUAAUGUCUUUAUCUCAGAAUGUUGCUGGUUUGGAGUCUCAGAUUGACAGGAUUACAAGGGAAAAGGUCUCCCUAACCCAUCAGCUGGAAGAAGCUCAGAACCACCAUGCUUCUCGUGAAAUGGAGAUCAAUAAGGUGUGUGGAGAAAUACGUUACGAAUUGAAUCAGACCAAAAUGAAGAAGGAUGAAGCCGAAAAGGAGCACAGGGAGUAUAGGACAAAAACAAUAAGGGAACUUGAAAUUAAAGAUCAGCAAAUUGAGAAAUUACAAGUAUUGCUUCAUGAAAACAAACAGCGCUUAGAACAAGCACAGCAGGAUACUGCAAAAGCUAAGGAGGAAUGUCUGAAACUAACAGAAUUGCUGGGCAAAGCUGAGCAACAACUGCAUUUUCUCAGAUUAGAAAAAGACAACAUUCAGCAUAGCUUUAGCAAUGAGGCAAAGACUCGAGUCCUUCAGGCUCAGCAGAGAGAGCAGGAUCUGACACAGAAGAUGCGGCAAAUGGAGGCCCAGCAUGAUAAAACUGUAAAUGAACUGGAAUCGUUACUGAGUUCCCAGAAUGCUCUUCUAUCAAAAUUAAAAGAAGAAUGUUGUCAAUUAGCAAAGAAGCUUGAACAUGUCACUGAAAGAAAUAGGUCGGAAAUCAGCCAGCUUAGUCAGGAAAAUGAGUACAUCCAUGACAGACUGGAAAAGGUGCAGAAAAGGCAUGAUGAAUUGGAGGAUCAGUGUAUCCAGCAUGGAAGGAUGCAUGAGAAAAUGAAGCUAAGAUUACAUCAACUUGACAAGCAUUGCCAGUCUUCUGCCCAGCAGCUUGUGGAGUUACUCAACAAACAGAAUGAAUUAUACAAGGAACGGCAGAUGCUUACAGAAGAGGUGGAUUUUCUGCGGACUCAGUUAUCCUCUGCCCCACAGCCAUAGUUGAAAACGCUUCAGAGAAGACAUCAGAGAAGGAAAAUGCCAAUCACCUUUUUUCAACAUAAAGACCUGAUGUGCUUAGAUCGUUAAACAUGUCAAUGUUUUCCCUUGCUGGGAAAGUCAUCACAUCUGUGUUGGACUGUCAAAUAUUUAGAUCCAAUAUCUUUAGAUACUCAAUAACUUGUUUGUGCUCUCUCAAGGAGACAGUUCUGGUUGGAUUUCUGAGGAAUUAUUUAUACUUUUAGAUGAUUGACACUUGUGCAGUUUUCUUUGGAUGGAACUUGAAACAUGUAGAGAAAUUAUACUAGAUCAAAACCAGCUUUAAAUGCAGUAUUAUCCCCCCCCUCCAGCGCUCAUUUUUACAUCAUUUUUUAACCUGUCAAGAGAGGUAUACACAUCACCUCUGAAUUAAGAUAUAGUAUUAUUGCCCCAUGGGUGAGGAACAGUUCCCUCAAUAAGGUUGAAAUCUGUUCUGUCUUUGCAAGAUAAUGAAAACUUUCUUUUCCUACAGCUCUGGAGCUUAGUAUUGUUGUACAAUCUGCAGUAUUUAUCAGAUUGUUUUUAUCUCUGAAAGAUUAUAAAUGCAUCUCCCCGAUUGGACUAGUUGUUUGCACUAAACUUGGUGCCCGAAGACUUCAAUAAACAAUCUUAGAUAUUAGUUUAAAACAGCAGGUCAGAUAAAUAUAAAUGACGUUCUCAAUGGUUUUAUAAAUAAUUUGAUGAUCAUUGAUUUUUCAUGUCUUCAUAUAAAUGGGUAUAAUAAUAUAAUAUAUAAUCCCUAGACAAAACUUUUUAUUUGAGGUUGGUAUUUCUACAUACAUCAUAUUCUCCUUAGAACUCAAUAUGAUGGUAGCAAACCUUUAUGUUUAAUAAAUGUCAGUCUAGGCAAAUAUAUAUUAAGAUUGGGCUGAAUUGAAAAAACAAAAAGGAUAUGGCAGUGGAAGCGGCUGAUUUUCCGUUCUAUGAAUAGUUUUAAAGUAUGGAUUUGUCCUAGUACCACAAAGCCAGCAUCUGUGCUGUAAGUGUUCUACAGCAGAUACAGGGUAUGAAAGAGCUGUGCUGUCCUGGGACACCAGCACUGUUCUUGAUUUGACUUCGUUGUGCUGCAUGUUGGAGAAGCACAUGGAACUGCCAGCAUCUCUGACCAGAUUCCUGCAUGUCCCAUCUUUUGGAGCAAUUUUCACAGAAAGAAUAUUUUACCUGUCCAACAUUAGUACUCUGGUCCCCCACCAUCUCCCCAGCAAGUGGAAUAUGUUCCUCAGCCUGGCUUCAUAAUUGGUGGAGAAGGAAGAAGGGAGGUUGUUAAUAUUCUCAGAUUCUGGAAAGGGGAGGGGUUGAUUAAAAAUAGUGCAAAUUCAGACCAUCUGCACAUUCUUCUAUUAUCUGGGAGAAAGGGAGCCGUCUGUUGUUCAUCAAAUAGUUAUUACAGUAUGAAGAGAAUGAAGACAACUUCAGCCUAGCAAGCCCAGAGAUAAAUUGGGUCCUAAGAUUUAGUAAUUUACUUCCUUAUUUAAUAACCUUUGUGAGAUUCUUUUAUUUGACUGUCAGUAAUGUAUCAGAGCAGAUAUGAGAACCAAUUCAAUUGCCUCUGGGUUCUCUCUGGAGAACUUUAGCUGCCAUAAAGGAGGAAACCUGGUUAAUUUUACCCUCUCCUUCCCACUGUUUUGUUCCACCGCAUGAAGCAAACUGAUAUUCAGGUUGUCCAGUAAGGGAAGCAUCCUCAUUUUAGGUCAACUGGUUAUUCUUAACAGUUUAAAAAACAAGAAGUAUCUAGAGAAUCAGGUUUCCAAGCUCUCACAAAACAAGCUACAGCUGUAGAGGCCAAAGACCAGAAAUGGAUGAUGCCACAGAACCAACCAAUUGGAGCCAAAUAAGUCACACCCUUCCCCCACCCACCUGCAAAGACCACAUUACCUCCACCUUCCUCCUCUGUGCAAGGUAGAAUGUCUAAAUUGAAUGCUGUGUAAAAUAUCCUUUUCUGCUGGUUCACAUUGUUCCAGGUAGUGGUAACAAGAUGGAGACUCUUUUGUGAGGGCAUGUCAACAAAUGGUGAAUCAGGACAAGGAAGCUGUGAAGCUGAGCCUUUUAGCAUUUCCGCUGGAGAAGCAAUGAGAUAUUUUUUUAAGUUGGAGAAAAAAGCAGAGUGUGGCAGAGCAGAAAACUGUUUUUUUGUGAGAAGCUAAGAGGAAUGUUCUUUUAUCCUGCAGCUUAAAGACAGUGAUGAUAUAGAAAUAUUACAGCAAGGCUGUAGUUGGUCUGUUUUUAUAAGAAGACGCACAUGUAUUUUGAAGCUGAAAAUAAAUGUCUCAUUCUUUAUUUUUUAAAAAAAUUAAAACACUGUAUUUGCAAAUCGAAGUAUUAGAAUCUGAAGUUGUAUUUAUAGUCAGUGCACCUGGAUUCCAUAUAGCCCCAUGUACAUUCUUCCAAUUAAAAACUGAAUGGAUGUAGCCCUAUGCUUUGCUUCUAAAACUUUUCUAUUCCAGCAAGCGGGGCUGGCGUAGCUCUUUUAAUUGUUUUUAAUUCGUUUUUUUAAAAAGGGGUUUUUUUUAAUCAAUAUGGGCCAAAUUUGUUUAAUAUACUUUUAAAUUGUUUUAAAUUUUAUAUUUUUAUGUUCUUAUUUUUGGCUGUACACCGCCCUGAGUCCUUUGGGAGAAGGGCGGUAUAUAAAUUUAAAUAAUAAAAAAAAUAUAAAAAAAUAUGUCCAUCUGCCAAGGAAGCAUACAUUUAAAAAACAGAGCUAAUAUGGAGGCUGAUGGGGAGUAUCCUGAGCAUCUAGAAUGUCUUGACUGAUGCCCAUGAUGGUUAUAGUUUUCAAGGUAAGAAUUUAAUUUAAAAAUGUGAGCUCAAAUUAAAUCCAUGUUGGACUCCUCUUCCAAGCAAAAAUUCUAAUUUUAUUAUAAAUCUACCUAUAAUCAAAAGUCGACUUGGGAUGGAGAAUGUGCACAAACAGGAGGGUUGACUAGCAAGAGGAAAAAUGUGUGAGCUUGUAGUGGGGAAAGGAAGGGUAAGUCUAAUAACCAAUCUUUGAGCAAAGUCUUAAAUUGUUGAACAGACUUCUGAAUAAAUAUUGCUAGAGCUAUAUCUGUGAAAUGUGACAUUUGGUUGCAAAAUAGAGAGAUCGCAGGACUGCACAGUAUUGUUUCAAUGCAGAAUCUGUACCAAAUAAUAAAAUGAAAGUUCUUGGAAAUCAAAUAAUUGACUAUUUGAUAAAUGGUGACUCAUAGCAAGGUUUUAAGUUAUGAUUAAAAAUUAUAAAUACU